AUGGAACAGACUCAUUGGCGCAUUGGAUCUGGCUUCACACGCACGAAGAACACAGGCCCGGAUUAUGAUCACACCACACUUGGACCUGAGGGUUGGUUUGAGUGAUACUAAGUCUCAAGUUAUUUCAGUUUUCUCUUCGUAUUCCCUUUUGGAAAGGCGCCACCAAGUGCUACAAACUAUCUCAUGAACAGGAAGCUGCACUAAGUUUAUAUUUAAAAAGAAAAUUAAAAUAGCUAUAACAAUAGUAGAAACAGCGCAAUAAAGAAAGUGCUAAGAGAAACGAAUAGCUCUUACUGUAAAUGAUGGGCUGAUACAUCAACUGAACUUGACAGCUGUUCCAAACUAAACUUUCUUAUUAUGACAACGUGUAAAAGACCAAAAUCUUUGAUAAGAUUUCUGAUGCACUUUGUUUGACUCUAAGUCUUUUGUUCUUUCUAAGUUUAUUUAUGUAUUUACUUCUGCUAUUCCUAUGUUUGUAUUUAUUUACCUAUCUAUCAAGGAAAAUACCUAUUUCUGGAAGCAUCGGAGCAGAAGGCACGUGAGGGAGCCAUUCUGGCCAGUAGUACAAUUGGUCCUGGUAAACCCAUUUGUUUGCAGUUUUGGUAUCACAUGAAAGGAAAAGAUAUCGGGAGCUUGAAAGUCUACAUUCAAACAAAUGAAACAAAAACGCUAGUUUGGAAUAUGACUGGUGCACAAGGUGACAAAUGGAAAUUUGGACAAGUUGGAUACAAAGGCGACUCGAAAAGCUACAAGGUAGGGGUGAUUUUGCAACAAAUAAGUUAA